AAAAGUUGCCUGAAACUAACUGAUCUUAGCCGUCCAUAUUGAGGGAGUUUAUACUAACUGUUGAAUCUAAACACCCGCCGCCGGGAAGCAGGGAAGCAAACCCUGAACACCAACCCCGCCGGCGUGCUCGAUUGGCCGAACAAGAGAAAACGCGACCUCGCUGAGCCGCCUCCCGCCGCCACUACUCACCAUCCCCUCCUCCCCCGGCAACGUCGGCCGCCAUGGUGAAGCGGUGGCUCCCCCUGGAGGCUAACCCCGACGUCAUGAACCAGUUCAUGUGGGGGCUGGGGGUCCCGGAGGACGUGGGGUUCUGCGACGUGUACGGGCUCGACGACGAGAUGCUCGCCAUGGUGCCCCAGCCGGUCCUCGCCGUCCUCCUGCUCUACCCGCAGGAUCGGAAGAAGGAAUCCGAUGCUUCGACCACUUCGACAGUGGAGACCAAGGAACCCAACAAGAAAGUAUAUUUUACAAAACAGACUGUUGGCAAUGCUUGCGGAACAAUUGGUAUUAUUCAUGCAAUAGGGAAUGCUGUGUCCAAAAUCAAGCUAGUUGAUGGAUCCUAUUUUCAUAGAUUUUAUAUACAAACUGCUGAUAUGGAUCCUAUCCAGCGUGCUGCUUUUCUUGAGGAGGACCAAGAAAUGGAGGAUGCUCAUUCUGUUGCUGCUGCUGGUGGUGAUACGGAGGCCAAGGAUGGGGUAAUUGAACAUUACGUUUGUUUUUCAUGUGUUGAUGGUGAACUUUACGAGCUUGAUGGAGGAAAUCCGCAGCCGAUACAUCACGGCCCUUCCUCUCCUGAUAGCUUGUUGCAGGAUGCUGCAAGAGUCAUAAAAGCGAGGAUUGUGGAGUAUUCUGAGUCACUCAACUUCAAUGUCAUGGCUCUCUCGAUGAUGUAGUGAAUAUAUGGGUCCAGAGAGAAGGUCUAUUGAUUCACACACACCACUCUACCUCAUCUGCACCGGCCUCAGUUAAGUCCAACUGUAGGAUCAUUUCCGUUAUGCUGGUGUAACAUUGUGAAAUGAAAUGAAAUAAUACGGGAACACAAAAUGAUCAACGCAGACCACAUCCUCUUCAAGCUACUCUUAACUUGCCAUUCCGCUGCACCGAGGAGAUACAUUUGUCUUUUUAAAGUUGCUUGUUGAUGUUUCCCUUUCGACUA